UGCCUUAUUUACAACAGACAAAUACAUGACAUUGACGGCAUCGUUUCAAACAUAAAGUUGUACAUUACAUGCGAUGCAAUGAGAUUUUUUGGUUUAACAGUGCACUUAUUGUUCAUAGAAUGCGCUUGCUGCCUGUGGAGUGUUCCUGAUUCGUUCCUAAAUAAUCAGGGCAUGUCGUCGACCUAUCGUAUCAACACCACAUGGGACGGGCGGCCAGUCAAUCACGACCCCGUCACUAUCACAGUGGGACCCGUUGAUGCUAAUGGUCAGGUCAUCAUACGGGUCACUGGCCCCUAUUUCAAUGACCCCGGCGUGCCUGCUAACAGCACCGUCGGACAACCGUACAUGGGGCUGUGGGACUAUGAGGUUGCCGAAGCUUUCUUUUUGAAUGACAGAAAUCAAUAUCUGGAAGUGGAACUUUCACCCCACGGGUUGCACCUUCUUCUGCUAUUGAAAGGACAGAGGGAUUCGUUUAAAGACCAACUGCCAAUCCAGUACACGUCAAACGUCAUUAACGGUGGAGCCACGUGGGUGGGCGUUGCACAUGUUCCUGCCCAUUAUUUCCCGCCAAAAGUGACCAAGUUUAACGCGUACGCUAUCCACGGGUCGGGGGCAGGACGUACGUACGAGGCCUUGUAUCCUGUGCCGACGGGGAAGUAUACCGAUCCAGACUUCCAUAAACUGGACUACUUCCAACACAUGGACUUCCGCCAUCUGCUUCCGGACAACUGGAGUCCGCACUACACAAGCCCCGAAUGGGACCCAAUCAUCGCAGUCGGCUAGGCAGCUCGCAAGCAGCGCCAACAAUAUUAUUAUUUUAUAUGAGACGCGUUCUGUGAAAACUGGGCUUAAUGCAUAAACGUAGUGUCGUUCCAGAUUAGCAUGUGCAGUCCGCACAUCCUAUUUAGUGGCGACACUUUCCGCUUUUAUAGAAUUCUAGUUUAAAGGAAUUCUCUUCUUACUGAAAAUCCAGUUUAAGCGGAAAGUGUCGUCCCAAAUAAGACCGUGUGGACUGUUUAGGUUAAUCAGGGACGACAUUUUACGCACACGCAUUACGCCCAGAUUUCCGGGAACAAGGCUAAUGUAAUGGGUUUUACAUAACCACAAUUUCACUAGUCUUUAUAGUGGUCUGCAUUUGGAAAUAUAUUUGAUAUACCCAA